AUAAAAUACCCCACUUCAUUAUUUAACAGCACUAGAAACAUGUUUGAAUUGUUAACAUUAAAGGCCGAAAGUUGUGUAGCAUUCGUGAACACGUCUUCUAUUUCUUGUCCAUACCAAAAGCAAAGGAAAUAAGAGAUGUUAGCCUCUUCCAGGCUUCCGGCUCGUUGUUAAGGAGUCGCGUAUAUGGGGUGAGGAGUUGGAGCCUGGAAAAUCGGCUGCAAAUAGGCUAAAGCACUGUAAAGCAAAUUAAGUCUUCAAGUGUGAGCUCGCAACGAAAACGCUUGGAAAAUUCCCAUUUUGUGCCUCGCAGAAUCCCGCCCGUCACGCUAGCAGUCUCAUGUGUGGUCCUUAUAGACUUUUCAUCUCGUACUCAUGUGAUGCGUAACACUUGCCACGCCAUGGCGUAAACUAUAUCCAAAAAUAUAACCUUUUAAUUCCAUUAGACCUUUUCUGUUCCUAGGAACCCGUAGUAUUCAUCAAAUGUAAGCUUCAUUUUCGAUAAAAUUUUAUUAGUGUCAGUUUCUCAUUGCGCAGAUGUAUUUUGUUUUUCUAUUUAGCCCUUUUGAAUGUUGUAAUUUCACUUUAUAGUAAACAACUCAGUAAACAAAACAUCAUGAUUUACCAGUAUUGUAUUUAACGCUGUUGAUUUAAUAAUUAUUGACAAAACGAACUUUGAAAGUUUUUCAGUUUCGCACUUCGGAACACAAGGAAGAGAAAGAGUCUACCGGAAACGAUUGCGUGACGUUGCGUUACGUUCGUGUCUAUCGCGCAGUAGAGAGAAUGGAACCGAGACAUGACGGUCACGGUAGAACACGUAUUAAAAAGAAAGAAAGACAGAAAUGGCGAAGCAAAGAAGCUGUUUUCAACUCUUACUUCUAAGUACAACCUUUCUAAAUUUUAAUGACGUAUUGUCUUUUUCAACUGCUCAAGAAGACGCGCCAUUUUAUCAUCAAGAUUCCCAAGACGACGUAAUACGAGAGUACGUCAAAUACUUCGCCAGGCCGACUGUAUCGAGUCCGCUAAAAAAAUUUCUCCAUAAACCGACUACGUUGAUCGCUUUGGCAAAGGCAGCUGAACUAGCCGUCGAUAGUUACAGCAAGAAGUCGAAAAGAACUUGCCGACUUCGGGGGAUUCUCGAUUUAAAAGAGUUACGCAACAACACGGACUAUUGGUUUCACAUUUUGGUGCUGGAGGAAGACACAUUCCUCACGGAAGCCUUCUUCGAGGUAGGAAUCCCUCAGCCGCUCGACAAAGCCAGGAAAGUAGACUUCAGCACGUUCAAAUUCAGUGAAUUCAAGACCAUAGGACGAAAUGAAAACGACUGUGACCAACUGAGCAAACUUGCAGACUGCUCCAAAUGCGGUUUCGGCGGCAGAUGCGAAAAGGGCACCGCUCAUAUUUCUACCUGGCUCGCAUUUGCUCUAAAAACACAACGAGAGAUUCAAAUCGACGAACCAUUUGACCGGAUACAAAUGGUGUCCGCGCACAAUGCGUUUAACGACCGUUCAGACGGGUACGGUGAACUGGACUACUGCCCCUGGCCACCACCCUACGAAAAUGUUUGCCUGGACUUAGCCAAUCAGGAGUUCAGUUUUACUGAUCUACUCAACAUGGGUGUGCGAGCCAUGGAGAUCGACCCCUGGUGGUGUUUUGGUAAGAUGCUCAUGAGUCAUAACUACGAGAAAGCGUAUGAGGGAUGUGCUCCUUGGGACAGGGAGUUUGAGGACGGGAUCAAAGAAAUUGGUGAAUGGAUAAACAAGCCAGAAAAUUCUCAGGAAGUCAUUCGCUUGUAUUUUGAAGAUGGUGCCACCCACACAUAUGGCCAUGACGCUUUGAUCAAUGGCCCAGUAGCAAAAUAUCUGGGAGAUAAAGUCCUCACACCCAAUGACUCCAGGAAGUAUUUUCCAGGAAGGUGGCCCACGUUAAGAGAGCUGAGGAAAAUCAACAAAACUGUCGUCAUAGCUGGGUUUGGUGAUCAACACGGUGGAGAGUACAUUUUUGACAGAUAUUGGGAAGAAUUGACACGGAACGACUUUGUUGCCAGCCCCAACUGUUCAGGGAUUAACCGCGAUAAGCCAUCAAGAGUGUUCUGUGACAGCACUGAGUACCUCUUCUUUUGGAAUGGUCCAAAAGAAACUGGUGUGAUUCUUGACUUUUCAAGGUUUAUGAAGUGUGGUGUGACAUAUCCAGCCGCAGAUCAAGUCAAUCCUGUUUUACUGGAAACUGCUGUGUUCACAUGGGCACAAGGUGAACCAUCAAAACCACUAACAGAAACAUCCUGUGUGCUACUGGAUGGCAAGACAGAAAAGUGGCAUCUGGGCAACUGUCUAGAGGAGUAUCUGUUUGCUUGUCAAUCAAUCAAAAAUGUCACUGACUGGGUUACAAGUACUGUGCCAGGACAGUACACUAAACCGGUUUGUCCUGGUGGAUACGAUUUUAGCAUUCCCCACAAUGGCUUCCAACAUCAACAGCUUAUUAACGCCAUGAACGACAAAACAGUGUGGGUUAAUAUCACACCUUACAUUCACUUACUGGUAUGAUACUAACAGGCUGUAAGCCAGGGGGACAUGUACCUCUCUGUCUUUUUAGGGAAAAUUAACCCUUAACCCCAAUGAUUCCCUAACUAUUGGCACCUAAACAGGGUGAUAUUUUGGUAAAUUCAUAUUGAUUUUUAAAAGCAUAAAUUAAUGAUUAUUAUUUGCAACUUGUCCCCUUGGGAAAGACUUCCAUAUAAAAGGACAGGGGUGCUUAUUGGAAAUGUUGAAAGCAACCCCUAGAAGGUACCAAGAUCCUGGUUUGUGGGCGUGGCAUGAAAUUAUUUUCACCCCUAAGAGGUACCAAUUCUAAAACAACACAUUGUUUCCUGUCAUAUUCUUUUUGGCUUAAUUCUCAAGGUACCACAGAGGCUCCUGCUGUGGACCUGUCGAGGCUGAACACCCUAAGAGGCACCAAACCCCUAAAAGGUGCGACGAGUACCCCUGUCCUUUUUAUAAGGGAGGGGGCCCCCCUGGCCUUGACCAUGUUAGGAGAAUUUGAAUUUUCAAAUAUUGGCUUAUUGGGUAAAUGGUUUAACAGUUGUGGCCACUGGAGAGUUUCAAAAUUAAUCAAAUAUUUCAGGUCCAGUGCAGUUUUAAAAAUUUCGCUGACACGGAUUUUUACCGUUACAAACUUUUUUUUAAAAAAAAUGUAUGAAGCUUAAUUGGAAUUUCCAGAGGGGAUGGGGGGGUCUUAGAAAAAAUCCCUUCCGUGGGGGAGGUAUGGAUAUUUUCUGGAACUACACAUUUUGCAACAUAGUGAGCAACCCUGAAUAUAAUUAUAUCGCUGAAGGAUUUAAUAAUAUAUUACAUAGUCUGUUUCUACCCUAAGAAAACAGAUGAGUGUCUCCUGGUUGAGGUUUUUGGGAACAAGGGAACAUGUUCAUCUAUUUCAAGGGAACAAAGGAUAUUUUUGGGAUUAAUUUGAAGGAACAAGGGAUAUCUCUGCAUGGAAACUUUGACAAAAAACUUAAGGGAACAAUAGACCCUUUUCAUAAAUGGCUGCCAAUUUAAAAUUCUUUUGUAUGCAUUUAAAUUAGCUUUACUAACCUCAUUUCAGACUAAAAAUUCUUUUGAAUCACCAACUUCAAAAUGAGGUUAGUAAGGCUAAUUUUAAUACUUGCAGAAGAAUUUAUAAUUGGCCACCAUUUAUGAAAAGGGUCUAUUGUGGUCUAUGGAAUUUUUUUGUAGGGAACAAUGAAGAAAAAGUGAGAAUUUCAAGGGAUCUAGGGAACAUGGUAUGCCCCUGAAGGCCAUCACAAAUCAUCCCUUAAAUGUAAUUCAUUUAAUAUCUCUUGCAAGCUCUGAAAGAGUAUCUAUUUAGUUAAUUGUAGUUUUGAAAUGUAUUUUUAUGAAAUCAGUAAAUCAUUAAAAGUUUUUUAUGGCCAUUUUUCUUACAGUAUUUAAAUGACUGUACUUAUUUGCUUUGCCCAGAGAAUUAAGUCAUUUUUUAAGGGGAUAAUGAAA